AUGCUACGCAGAAGCACUCGAAUACAAGCAUUAUAUGACAGGAAAAAAAGUGAAAAUUACUCGCUUUCUUCGAAUUCUGAACACGAAAUCUUUACAGGGGCGACUAACGAAAACAAUAUUGAAAAAGAGCAUAUGAAUGCAAAUUUAGAUUCUACGAAUUCCUCAACUGCACAAAUGCCAAAUGAAACGGAAAUCGUCGAAAAUGAUUCUCAAGUACUUCCGUUAGAAAAUAUAAACGAGAAUUCUACAUGUCCUUCACCAAGCUAUUUUCUGAAAUUCUUUGAAGAUUUAUCGCCGCCAUUGUCUCCCACCCUUCCCGAAAUUCCCCCAAGAACUAAGAAUGAUUCCCAGACCGAGGAUAAAGAAGAGAUCGAAGGUUUAACUCUGGACGAUAUGGAUCUCAAUGACGAUAACGCAAAUUUGAACUUGGAUAAUGAUAUCUCUGAUAAAAGUUUACGGCCAGGAUUACCGCCUCCAAUUAAUUGGUCGUUUUUUACGAAAGAGAUAUAUCAAAAGUAUACCGUAGCUACUUUGGAUUUACUCAUGAAAGAAAAUGUUAAGGCUCUUAUAGCAAGAAAGAAAAAACUGGAUGCACAAGAAAAACAUCCGAAUAAAGAAACAUUGCCAUCGCCCCCAGUUACCGCACAAUUAGAUACCUUUAAAGAUAAAAAUGCACCAGAAUUGUCUUCAUCUUCAUCACCACAACCAGAUAAUCUUGAACGUCAAAAACAAUCAAAAUCAUCGCCAGCUGAAGAUAUAAUUGUGCCAAAAUCACCUUUGUCAUCGGCUACAAUACAAUUAGAUACCUUAGAGGACCUAGAAUCAUCGUCUCCGAGAGCAGUAGAACCUGAUAAUCUCGAAGCUCUAAAUAAAUUAGAAUUAACAUCCGCCCCAGCUAUGGAUACUUCCUUAGAAAGUCAAUCUAAAUCAACUUCGUCUCCAAUUGCGGUACAAGUAGAAACUUUGGAAGCACAAAUUGUUGAAGCGUCACAAAUUAUUGCUUCUCCGAAUGAAAUUGAAGAUAGUCUCGCAGUAUCUGCGCAAGAUUCUAAUUCUACUAAUGUGACGAUUGAAGCUCAGCAAUCAGCACGAUACAAUUUUAACUAUUAUGAUGAUGAAGGUGAUUUGAUAAUGGAUGAUCAAAGUGGCGAUGAAAUUACUCCAGAGCAAGAGACAAUAAUAAAUGCGAGCAAUUUCAAAGAAACUGGCUCUGAAAGUGGACAAUUGAAUAACUUGCAUUUGCCUUUACAAAGUUUUUCAGAAAAAGAAACAAUAAAUAUGAGUGAUGUCAUGGAGGCUGGCUCUGAAGUUUUGUCAGCUCAAGGAACGAUAAUUAAUCCCAAAGAUAUUGACUCUAACAGUGAGCACAAGGAUAGGUUGCUUUCUUCUACACAAAGUUUACCAGAAAAAGAAAUGAGUGAUGGCAAUCAAACUGGCUCUAAGGGUGAUAAUAUUGAUUUAAAUUCAAGGGUGGAUUUAAUUGGUCCACUCUUAAAGCUACUUGAUGAGCGCAAGGAGCUUCGACUGCAAACAGAUCAACAGAAUAAGCGUGAUAAUAAUAGUUCCAGUUCAAAUUUUCCAUUAGAUAUUUUGACCGCAUCAUCUGCAUUAAGUACUUCUCAAGAUGAACUGGCUCUUAGCUCAUCUCAAACAUCAUCCGACUUGAUACAAUAUUCUUCUUUAACAAAGGAAGAUCAUAAAGAAUUUUUACAGAUCAGUUUAUUAUUUAAUCAGAGUCCUCAUCUUUUAGAUGAAAAUCAGUUCCAACGUUAUAAAUACCUGGGGGAACUUUUCCAUAAGGAAAACCAACGUUAUCUUCAGUGGACAUAUGAUCGGAGCAUAGAAAGAUUAAAAUUCUUAAAUAAUGAUAUUAAAAAUCAAAUCGAGAAUCAAAUAUAUACCGUUAGAUUGCGCGUGCAAAAACAAUAUCCACGCUAUUAUCGCGUAUUUUCUUCAAUAGGGAUUUCGUUUAAUGCACCUAUGCCUGGUGAUCCUGUUUUAACUUACAAGGAAUUGAUCUAUAGAAUUGGGACCUGUUAUGGUUUUUGUAUCCCAGAAAUGAAACUGCCAAUCAGCAUCAAUCUCGACCGAUUCUAUUGGUCAGAUAGUUCUGCGGGCAACCAUGAGAGACCACCAUUAAAUCGUGAGUGGCAAAAAUUAUCUAUGCCCGUUGUUAGCAGUGAUCCGUUAAUUCCUAAAAUGGUAUCCGAGCGUGAUGCCGAUAUUGUAAUAUCUUCAAGCGGACUUUGUGCUAUAAUCGCUCUGAAUGCAACUACAGAUCUCGAAUUUGAAAUACCAGUUAUUGUCCGAGAGAGAAAAUUAGGAGGAACUUUACGAAAGACUGUUUAUAUUGACAAACCACUCGCAAAACAUCGCCAUAGUCCUCGAGAGUAUAAUCAAAAAUUUUACGACGUGGCCUUCAAAAGUGUCGUUUCAAAAUUCCCAAUCAAAGUCGAGGAUAUCGUGAAAGUGGCGGCGGGGAAUUCGAGAGAUAUGCAAAAAGUUGAAUCGAAUUCGAACAAUAUAUGCAAUGAAGAGAAACCGGGAGAUUCAAAGGUAUCGAAAAUAACGGAACCUGUAAAGGUCAUAGAGAGUGAUUCUGAAGUGAAUAAGGCAAUUGGCCAAGCAAAAGGUGAAGAUAAAGAAGUCAAAGAAAAUAACAUAGAUAAUACGAAUGAGACAUCAGAACUAAUGGAGGAAAAUACUACUUCUAAGAAUAUUACUGAUUCUCAAACCGGGAAUAUGUUAAAUGACGCGCAAUUAAAUUCCGGAAACUUGAUGUAUACUUUAUGGAGCUUUGGGGAUUUAACAUUAUUGAUAAGAUGUAAAGCACAUGGAUUUAUUUAUCAAGGAGAAAGACAAACUCGCAAACCGCAAAUUGUUAGCAUGAAAUCAAAAAUGGAAUAUCAAGCUGAUAUAGGAUUAGAAGAAAUCACAAACGCUGAGCGAGCCCGCUGGUGGAUUCAUUCUUAUAUUCGUGGAAAUUCACAUUUAAUGCUUGGUUAUUUUGGAUAUAGGCCAAUGGCUUACAGUAAAUUGCUUCAAAAUAUUCUGAAGCAAUUACAUACGAGUCUGCCUAAAGGAACCUUCAUACUUUCCCAUAAGAAAAAAGAUCUUCAUCUUACCGUAUAUGAAAGUGUAUCCGAGGAUUUUAAUCAGUCAAAUGCAAAGCCAAAGCUAUACGACCUUCAUACAGCACAUUCACAAUUGCCACAGAUGGAUCUUGAAACUGUGCCUUUUGUUAAAUUACAGUGGACAGGCCCAACGGAACAAGUGGCUUAUACAUUUCCGCCAGUAACAUCAUUUUGUUUCACUUACGCAAACAAAGGCCUUUGCUCGAAUCAAAAAUGCCGAUUUCCUCAUGUUCGAAUUGCCAGUGGUGUUUCUAAUGGCUCAAAAAAUAAAAAGAAUAAGAUGUCGCAGGAUGAAAAACGUAAAGGGCCUAAAAAAGAUAAGCAAAAGAAAACAUCCCCAAAAAAGAAAAAACAAAAGAUAUCGAAAGAUGACACUAACAAUGACAUAGUUCGAAGAGACUUCGAUUCCGAGAUUGUUUCUUCUAGCAUCGGUGACGGAUCAUCUCGGUCAGAAUUCAAUUCUAUUCUAGAUAAUUAUAGACAAUCGCGCGGAUAA